GACCUCGGCCCGGGUGCGCGCGUUUGUUGCGGAACUUUAGUGACCCGCGCUGUUUGCCGAGAGCGUGACCCGCGCUCAAGGAACUCGGUCAGGCAGGGAAGACAGUUUAUCUGUUUUUAGCAGGGCCAGAAGUCUCACUCCUCUCAUUACUCUCUGGUCCUAAAAAUUUUAAAUUAUAAAAGUGAAAGAUACCCAUAACCGCAACGUCUAGAGAUGACCCCUGUUACUAGGUAGAAGUCUACUAUUUUAGGUGCUUUCUGAUGCCACAGGUAAUAUCCACAGCGGAAUCAAAACACUUUUUCGCUUUUUCGGUGGUGGUCUUCACAUUACCCUCUACAGUCCCUUCUCACUGGUUAUCAGUGCAGCUGUCACGAUGAGCACACUUCUUAUGGAGAAACAGGAGUCCCGGUUCCUCCUUUUGGAUGCACCUUCUCUUCUGCUCCCAGUAUGGAGCAUAUAUUAGCAGUUGCCAAUGAAGAAGGCUUUGUAAGAUUAUAUAAUACGGAAUCACAAACUAGCAGAAAGAAGUGCUUCAAAGAAUGGAUGGCUCACUGGAAUGCUGUCUUUGACCUAGCCUGGGUCCCUGGUGAACUUAAACUUGUUACAGCCGCAGGUGAUCAAACAGCCAAAUUUUGGGAUGUAAAAGCUGGUGAGCUAAUUGGAACAUGCAAAGGUCAUCAAUGCAGUCUCAAGUCAGUUGCGUUCUCUAAGUUUCAGAAAGCUGUGUUCUGUACAGGUGGAAGAGAUGGCAACAUUAUGGUCUGGGAUACCAGAUGCAAUAAAAAAGAUGGAUUUUAUAGGCAAGUGAACCAAAUCAGUGGAGCUCAUAAUACUUCAGACAAGCAAACACCUUCAAAGCCCAAGAAGAAACAGAAUUCCAAAGGACUUGCUCCUUCUGUGGAUUUCCAGCAGAGUGUUACUGUGGUCCUUUUUCAAGAUGAGAAUAUAUUAGUUUCAGCUGGAGCUGUGGAUGGGAUAAUCAAAAUAUGGGAUUUACGCAAGAAUUACACUGCUUAUCGACAAGAACCCAUAGCAUCCAAGUCUUUCUUGUACCCAGGUAGCAGCACUCGAAAACUAGGAUACUCCAGUCUGAUUUUGGAUUCUACUGGCUCUACUUUAUUUGCUAAUUGCACAGAUGACAACAUCUACAUGUUCAAUAUGACUGGACUAAAGACCUCUCCAGUGGCUGUCUUCAAUGGACACCAGAAUUCUACCUUUUAUGUAAAGUCAAGUCUUAGUCCAGAUGACCAGUUUUUGCUCAGUGGUUCAAGUGAUGAAGCUGCCUACAUCUGGAAAGUCUCUACACCCUGGCAUCCACCUACAGUGCUCCUCGGUCAUUCUCAAGAGGUCACAUCUGUGUGCUGGUGUCCGUCUGACUUCACAAAGAUUGCUACCUGCUCUGAUGACAACACAUUAAAAAUCUGGCGCUUGAAUAGAGGCUUAGAAGAGAAACCAGGAGUAGAUAAGCAUUCCAUAGUGGGUUGGGCCUCUCAGAAGAAAAAAGAGACAAGAUCUGGCCUAGUAGCAGUAACGAGCACCCAGAGCACUCCUGCCAAGGCCCCCAGGGUAAAGAGCAGCCCGGCCCUGUCCUCCCCGUCCUCCGCAGCCUGUGCGCCGAGCUGUGCUGGAGACCUCCCUCUCCCUUCAAAUACUCCCACGGCCUCCAUCAAAACCCCUCCCGCCAAGGCCCGCUCUCCCAUCAGCAGAAGAGGCGCAGUUUCCUCCGUCUCUCCGAAGCCACUCUCCUCUUUCAAGAUGUCACUUAGAAACUGGGUGACCCGCACACCUUCCUCAUCGCCACCCAUCACUCCACCUGCGUCUGAGACCAAGAUCACAUCUCCAAGAAAAGCUCUCAUUCCUGUGAGCCAGAAGUCAUCUGUAGCAGACUCGUGCUCCGAGUCUAGAAAUAGAGUGAAGAGGCGACUAGACUCGAGCUGUCUGGAGAGUGUGAAGCAAAAGUGUGUGAAGAGUUGCAACUGUGUGACUGAGCUUGAUGGCCAAGUGGAAAACCUUCACUUGGAUCUGUGCUGCCUUGCCGGUAACCAGGAAGACCUUAGUAAAGACUCUCUGGGUCCUGCCAAAGCGAGCAAGAUGGAAGGAGCCACCACGAGUAUCUCGGAGCCUCCUUCUCCCAUCAGUCCUUACGCUUCAGAGAGCUGUGCGGCACUGCCUCUUCCUUUGAGACCAUGUGCAGAAGGGUCUGAAGUGGCGGGGAAAGAGAACAGCUCCCCGGAGAAUAAAAACUGGUUGUUGGCCAUGGCAGCCAAACGGAAGGCUGAGAACUCAUCUCCACGGAGUCCGUCGUCCCAGACACCCACAUCCAGGAGACAGAACGGAAAGACGUCACCAGGCCUGGUCACCAUUACUCCCAGCUCCAUGAGGAAAAUCUGUACAUACUUCCACAGAAAGUCCCAGGAUGACUUCUGUAGCCCCGAACACUCAACCGAGUUAUAGCUUCUGUUCUGAGUGAGUUAACGGAACUCUGGUCCACUAACCCCAAAGGAAAAAGAAUGACUAACUCUGGUCUUCAUGAAGUAAAUUUGUCACUCGGCAGUAUUUUGAAAGAAGAGUCUUCACCUUUUAAAUUAUCUGUCCUUUCUACAAUAAAGACUUCCCAGUUCAUGGAGACAACAAAACCACAGCAAGCCCCGUCCCUGUGCUCGUGCGUGUCCUGGUGCAUGCAGCGGAGAGCCCGCAGCCGCGGCACAGCUCGUGCCGUCGGCCGCUGGAGACGUCCUCUGCAGAAGGUCCUUGGAUCUGCCCUGCCUCAUCAGCAUUAUUAUAUUUGAAAUAUAUGAUCUUUCUCUAG